GAGAACAUACGGAAGACUCGAGUUGGUCGAGGCGGCGCGUUUGGUUCGUCGGAUUCAACGUUCUACCUGCCGGCAGGACGGACGGUAAACGUGCCUCUUCGUUAAUUAAACAUUUUCAUAUCAUCGAAAGAAUCACAAACUCACAACGGAAUUAAUUUAACCCAGUGUUCAGUGCAUUAAAAUUAAAUGUGUCCAGCGCAAUUAAAAUAACAAUUAAUUUAGAUUUGGAUUAAUUUAAACGAUGGUGAGUGAUAAAGUACGCUUCGACAUGAGUGUGCCGGAUUUGGACGACGGAAACUACAAAAGUUAUUUCGCGCGCUCGAUGGCUGUGAAUUCGGCAUAUCGAGAGAACAAAUGCGCCACACUGAAUGCAGUGCAAGAGAAUCUUCAUCAUCAACAGGAACCACCCGAAGUGGUGAGGCUCAGAAAGGAUUUAAGAAAUCAAAGUUGGAACGCGAGUAAUGCGUGCAAUGGAAGUCAGGGAAGUUCUGGGAGUCAUGGGGGCAGCACAGCUUCAAGCAACAGCAGUCGUCGUACUUCUUUAUGCUCGAAUAACAUUCGCAUUGCUGACUCACCAGUUGAACACUUUUAUCUGCAAUCACAAGUGAAUACAUUACAAUGGCAGCUGAAGGAAACUGAAUCAUCACGUGAAAUGUAUAGAGCUGUCAUGAGACAAGUCGUAACCUUUUUGGAACGUGCUCACAGAAGUUUGGAACUGCUUGGGACAAGAAUCAAGUCCAAUACGAGGCUGCCAAGACCACAAAGUGAAUAUUUUAUUAACAAUUCAGCUGAUACUUUACUUGAUACAUCAUCUGAAAUGGAAUGGCGUUGGAAGAAAAAAUCUGAACCUUCUUUAGAAGAAAUUCCCCCUGAGAAAUUAUCACAAGAAGCUUACAGACUGCUCCGGACAGCUCAAUCUUUAUUGAGCACCCACGAGCCGGACUUAGCGCAUGUUGCCGCCCCCACUAUCGAAGAAGACAUUGGAUUCCUUUCUCAAUUAGCUAAAGAGUUUCCUUCACAUGAAGGCACUAAACUACCACAAAGAGCUACAUCGUUUUCACUGUGUCCUAAAUUAUUAACACCAGAGAAACCUGAACGUUUUUCUGAGCAUAAAAAUGAUAAAAAUCAAGAAUCCAAGGAUGUUAUUAAUAAAGAACAACAAAAAGAGAAAAUAUCUGGUGUUAUUAAUGGUCCAGCUGCAACAGGAACAACAUUUAGUAGAAAAUAUUCUCUGCAGUUGAAUGAUACAGUUAGGAGAAACUCUUUUUUAAGAGAAGUUAGCAAAAUGAACAGAUCUAAUGAAUCUACAUCUUCAAGAUCAAGCAUGAUUGAUGCCACAGAGAUAUUCACAAGUACUAUGAUAGAUGAUAAAGAAAAGAAAGGUUUUAAGCUGGAUAAAUUUGAAAAAUUUGAAAAAUUCGCAAAAUUUGACAAUUAUGAGAAAUCCAAUUCACCUCCAGUGUCCAGCGUUGGUUCAGCUGAAGAUGAGAGUGGUUUCAGCUCAAUGAACUCUUUCCAAGAGGUGGGUAUACCCCAUGUUGAUCAUACUCUGGAAGCCAGGUCAACACCCAAACCGCAUUCGAAUUUAUACGAAGAUUUUCGAAACUUUGCGUUGGAUAAACGCAGUCCUUACAACGAUACAACCACAAAUACAUCUCAUGAUAAUACUUUUGCACAAUUUGCUGAUGAUAUUAAACUUUGGGAGACUCCUACUGUUUUGCACAAGAGGUGGAGUUCUUCACCGGUUGAUUCAGGCAAUUGUUUGGUCCUCACUGAAAAAGCACCGGUUUUAUGGGUUUAGAACCUUGAAUAUUAUGAAUAUUAUGCCAUAACAUCAAUAAAUAUAAUUUAUCAAUGAAAAUUUUGAAUGCAAGUUGUGGUUCAGUUGAAUUUUGAUUAAUUUAUGAACGCAAACAAAUAAAUUGUGAUAUUGUGUAGUGUAAAGUAAAAACAUACAGUUUCUAUUAACUUAAAACUUAAUAUUUAAUAAUACUAGUGUUAAUUUUGCUGAUAAUUAACUUGAUUAACGUUUUAAUAUUAAAUUUUACAAUAAAAUGUACAAUAUUUAUUUAAACAUAGAUUUUUAGAGGUAAAAUUAUGUUUUAAACAGUUUUGUAAUGUGCAUUAUACUUUUAAUUAAGUUUUUAAGUGUCUAUGUGUUAAGAUUUUAAAAUUAUUGUAAUUUUUAAACGUUUAUGAUAAAAUUUGAGGCUCUAUCUGCAAAA